GACUGCAAGAGAGAAGCCAAGUGUCAAACGCUGAGAUCGAGUCUUUGUGCUAGUCUUGAGUAGACUCAGUAGAGUACACUAGACCUCCAGGCCAGAGAUCACAGAUAUAUAAACCCUUGCCCACAUCCUCUUCAAAACGAAACUUGAAAGCAUCAUCAGCAGCAGCAUCAUCAACUCAGACACUCACACAUCCAAACCCCUCAGCAACAACCUUCUUCAUCUCCAUCUUUCUCGAUCUUCACCAGUCACAAUGGCUUCUUCUCUCGCCUUCGCUCAGCCGGCCCCGGCCCAGUCUGCCCCUUCCGUUGCCGACGGUGCCAGUGGCGACCUCGUCAACGCCCUCGCUAAAUAUGUCACUACCGGUGUCGGUGCCGUGAACACCACGCAGGGAGAGCUCCAGGAAUUGGUCUCCACGGCUGUCGCCAAGCCCGGCGGCAUGGCUAACAUGGAGGCCCUCAUCCAGCUUGACCAGCACUGCCCCCCCGAGCGCACUGUUUGGCACGACAAGGCGGCUGUGACCGCCACGAUCUCGCUCACCAAGACUGGCCUCACCCUGGGCUUCCAGAUUCCCAGUCUUUCUAUUACCUUCGAAGGCAAGGGUACUGGCUUUUUCAGGCCCUUCUCGGGCCCCAUGAACAACGGCACCAUCUGGUACAACAACAUGGACAAUCUUCAACCCGGUCCCGCCGAUUUCCGGCUGCAUGUCGAUAACCUGACCCUGCACGUCGACAUCUUCCGCAACCAGCUCCAAGUUGCCAGCCUCGCCUUUUGGCCCAUUGCUUUUGUCCUCGCUCCUGGCAUCCAGGAGGGCACCGGCGACUUUGCUUAGACAGUGGCCUGCUUAUGGAAUCCGUUGCAGACGUCUCUGAUCAGAGUCGGAGAAGGACGCGUCGAUGUCGAUGGGUGAUUGGUAGUAAAUUGCACAGUGCAGGGCACUGAGUUUUUGCUAGCUAGCUAUUUCAUUUUUUAAAAUAUACUACGUCUUUCCCGGG